AUGAAUCAUCGAAUAUACGUGGAUCUUCAACCUGAUGAUGUAUUUGAUAUAGAUUCUACUUUUAUACAAGAAGUUAGUGUUGAAAUUGCUAGAUUAGCAGAAUUAUUAGCUCAAGCAGAAAAUUUAACAUUAGAUCAAGUUAUUGCAGUUGGAGAUGGAGAAAAUGAUUUAUUUAUGUUGGCAAAAGCUGGAUUAGGUAUAGCAUUUAAUGCUAAACCACGUGUGCAAGAAACGGAUAUACAGAUGAUGAAAUUAAAAACUUACAAUAUUUAA